AUGAUUCGCGUUGCUACGACAACCACUUCGCCGGCAUUCCUCGAAUUGGCAUCCUCGCCGUCUAAUCGUCCGCACGAGCAGAUAACACUGGCAAACGAAUCCCCUGUGCAGACAUCAGUUCCGCCAUCGCGAGCGACCUCGCCCGCAGCUUCCAGUGUCAUAGCACUUGGGUCGCUAAGCCAACGACAACCGCCUGCAUCUCCGGAAUCGCUCCCCUCUCUUCCCAAGUAUCCCGGUACGUGGGAUUCUUUGUCUUCGUCAUCCCCUGAGAAUCGAAAGGCAAAUAGCGCAUAUUUCACUGCUGCUUGGGGCUCUCCAUAUGCAACUCCCAGCCCACGUCGGCUCUCCUUGACACUCAGUCAUCAGCCUAGCUUGAACCUCCCGUCUCGGGACAAUUCUCCUUCAAGAGGUCGUGGUUACACAUCCGUACGUGGUCCUGGAUCGUUCCGAACAACGUCGACGUCGAGUCAAGUACCAAGGCCACUUCCCGGAUCGGUUGGUCCAUCUUCCACCCGAGACUUUUCAGGCACACAGGGAGCUUUUUCGUUCAAACAAUUCACCGAGGACUGGAUCGAUCAGUAUCUCUCUGGCCAGCCACGCACAGAACGGACGAACUGGUUGAGUGACGACGAAGGCAGCGAGGCGCCAUCCUUCUUCACUGCCCGUAACAAUUUCGGCGACGAUCCAACUGAAGGUUGGCUGGGUCUAGACGAACCGAACGACGAGGAUCCCCUGCGGACACCUACUGCUUCCAAUUCCCUAUCAAGUAGAUCAAGAAAGGGAUUUGCUAGAGGGCAACUUAGUCGUACUCGCCAAAAACAUCUUUCCACUUUCAGUACUGCUACUUUAAGGCAAGAAGACGUUUGGGGUUUUGCAUUCGGGGACGAGCAUCCGUCAGCCGAAAUGUCUGAUAUAGCGGAUGCACCCCUGCCUACAGCGGAGCACGACUCUCCCGCCGAGUCUUCAGUGGAGAAGCCUCUGCCGUUACCGCCUACGGACGAUGCCACAAAUAUUGAAAACGCUGAGAGUGUAGCGACUGAUGCUAACUCACGGCCUCCAUUACUCAGUCAGAGCUCGUCUCAAGGCGGGAGGGCAAAGGUAUUAUGGCGCAAGAAGACGUGCGUUAUUGCAGUGCCUACCGAUGAUAAGAGGGGUUCAGAGGAAUUUGGCUAUCGCUUACUUACGAAGGAGGAUGUCGAAAAACGUUUGCAAAGAUGGCAGGAUGAAGGAUAUCAUGUGGAAGGGUUCGACGUUUUCGCGCCUGAACAGGACUCACUUUCGAGCCAGAAUGGUGGCUUCAGCCGGUUACCUUACCCUGAUGAGACCGAACCCAAACAAGAUAAAGAUUCGAGAAAAUGUGCAGUGAGAUUUCCAAACCUUGGCGAAUGGGCCGUAUACGUUCAACAACUGCAAGAGGAGAAACUCCGCGCACUAGGAGUUUUCCUUGACGAUGAUCCUCCAGUCACAGAAUCCCCUGCGACAUCUAUGGUACCAAUGGCCCCAAUGGGGAUUUUCCCUGGCCAUAUCACAUCCCCACCAAUUCCGACAUCGUCUGCUGCCAGUAAUCCUAUGUUUGGAUCCCAUACCUUUUCUCCUCAUUUCAAUCAGUCGACCAAUCCAAGUACGCAUGCUGAAUCGCUGGCGUCGCCACCGCCGCAGUUUGGUGGACAACAUUCAUUUUAUGGCAUGGAUGCGAAUUUCGUGCCUGGGCUACCUUAUCCUUAUCAACCAACGCCUCCGGUUGCAGGAACUUUGACUCCCCAGAGUCUGUUUAGCGCACGUCAAGCCAGCUUUGCAGGAACGGGUCCUGGCGGCAUGCCAAACUUGAACGCAAUCUUCUCCCCUGUAUCUCCUCUCAAUGCUGACGACAUGUUCAAUCAAAGUACGAAUGGCCAGCGUGAUCGUACAGACUCAAUCCGAGAUUCGUCAUACCGAGACUCGUCAGCAAACAAACGACAAGUUCGUGAGUCGCGAGCAGCAACACUCAUCAUGGAUGAGUCCCAGUUCGAGACUGAACACUUCCAAGCGUCAAAUGUUGAGAUUGCGCAUCCUACACCUCGGGGGCACAGUCACAAUCUCAGUGAAACGCUACAGAAAGGUCUGGAUCGGUAUUCUCAGGCAGAUUAUCAUCUAGAACAUUCAAUUCAACGACAAUUAGAGGAACCUGAGAGUGACCUGCAGAAAUCGCGGUGGGCGAUUGCUGAAGAUGAAGCUCAACCGUCACCGGCCCAUGCACAGUUCUCAAUUCCAGACUCUUUUUCCACAGGCCACCAUCGCCUCUUUGGUGAACAGCAACAGCAGCCUAUGGGCAUUAUUCAAGAUGCUGACGAGAUUGAUACCAAUCCAAGUCUUGCCGCAAGCCCCCGUGAACCGAAACUUGAUAUGAGCCAUCACCCCUGGCACAGUGCUAAACCAAGUUCUGGUUCCUUCGUCGCGGGGCACAAAUCCAAAGCCUCUUUGUCAGGCCUCAAUGUGGAAGCACAGGAAUUCAAUCCUACCGCGUUCGCUUUCCAAGGAGGAGCCUCAUUUCAAUCAAAUGGUCUUGGAAACGGCUCGGUAUUCUCUCCCACUUCGUCUGUAUUCAAGCCUAGUGGUUCAAUUGGCAAUUACAACGUGGCAGCUCCUUCAUUUACACCUACGAGCAACGAUUUCAGCGCUAGCAGCACUUCAUUUGUACCUAGCGCGUCAAAGGGAUUCACUUUUUCCACCGCGUCCUUCAACGUGGACGCACCCGCUUUCAAUCCAGGUGCAAGCGUCACUUCCAAUGCUUCGGACGCACCUAGUCAUCACAAAGGCAGUAUCUUUGGAGAUAUUGACUUCAACCAGGUUUCCAAGCCGAAGAAAGAGUCCAAAGCGAUCCCUAUUGUCCGGCCGGAUGAUGAAGAUUUUGAUGGUCGUAAAAAUGAAGCCGUUGAACGUGGUGUACCAGGAACUCCACCACGUCAAAAGCGUGCUCGCCGCGGUGCUGGUGAAGAAGACAAGGCUGCCGAAUUUGCGGAGCCGUCGCCACUAGCAGAGGCUACUCAAGCCCAAGCUACAGCUACAGCAAAUCAAUCUCACAAAUCUGCUGAGGGCAAAGAGAACGAAGCCCCGGAGCAAGAUGAACUGGAGAUUCCUACAAAGCCGGCAAGCCCUAAUACUAAACGUCCCUUUGUCGAAGAUGAUGCUGCUUCUGUGAAGGAUAUUGCUGAGGACACCAACGGGAAGAAGACUACUCCUCCAGUUGACACCGAACCAUUCCCCUCCGUGCCUGAUGACGAGAUUGUUGAGCCUACUAAUUUGGCCAUCGACGAAAAGGCAACCAAGGAAAUGAAAGAGAAGGAUAACGCACCCUCUGUCUCUGAAACUGCACCCCAACCUAUUUCUGAGCAACCAAAAGCAGAGCUACCGAAGCGAGAGCCAAGGAAGUCUCUCUUUUCGGCAUUUAGAUCAUUCACAUUCCGCCCUUCCAUCUCAGAAUUUGUUCCGACUAAGUCGCCUACUACUAAGUCGCCUACUGAGACAACUUCUACCACAGAGCCUGUCAAGGCCCAACCCGAAAAGCCCAAAUCCGGACUGUUUGCAUCCCGAUAUGCUGUAGCGGAAGAAGAUUUGAAAGUUACCGAGUUAGCCUCGAUCAAUCAUCAGUCUGAAAAAGACGCCAAGAAAAAUGAUGAGAUUGCCCCCAGUGGUCAUGAUUCGCCCGACGAGGAUGAGCUCAAUGCUGUAAUGGAUCAGCUCAAUGGUGAUGAUUCUGAUGUGGGUGUGGAAAGGCUCAACACUCCCUUACCGCCUCAACUGGCCGUAGAGACACCCGCUGCGCGUUCGAUGGAGCAGACGCAGCUUCCACAAAUCAUUCGCAGUGAUGCUCCAAGUCCAAGUCCUGCAAGAAACUUCAACCAUCUGUUGCGAGGUGCUCCAAAGAUCACAUCCGAUCUGGAUGUUAACCAAUCUCAGCACUCAUUUCCGCAACGAGGCUUUGCUUCAGGUGCUCAAUCUCCAGUUCGUCAACUACAUAGUACGAACGAGCAUAUUAGUGACUGGGACGAUGUCAUCUCGUCCGGCGAGGAUGAGAAGCUGGUACAACGAAGCAAAUUCUUUGAUCGUCACGUUAAUGCACUUGUCAGUGAGGUCUUGGCCGAGAGAUUAGGUCCUCUUGAGCAAGCACUAAGCAUCAUACAAAAUUCCGUGGUUUCCUUGCACUCACAAUCCACUGUGCGCCAAUCCUUCAACGGCAGACAAGCAGAUGUGGAGCAUAGCGAUGCCGACGACGAGGAUGAUGAAGUCAAUAAUCCUCGGUCAAUCUCGCCAUUGAGUAAACGGGAUAGAAGGUUGGAGAAGAUGAAGGGCGCCGUACUGGAAGCUCUAGCAGCCCACGGCUUCGGCCGACAAGAACCCAACUCAUCUUCCGCAAAUCUUGAUGCUAUCCAAGAAACACUGGUUGAGCUCAAAGCAUUGACGCAGCAACGUCAGCAGCCUGAGCUUCCGGACAUCAGGGGUAUGGUUCAAGAGGCACUCGCUAUCCACGCCCAGGCCAGCGCUAGAAAGACGCCCCUUUCGGAAGCUGAAGAGAUCGGAGCGGAAAGUCUGAAAUUGCAGUUAGAUGGUGUGAAGAGCAUGCUUCGAAUGGCCGAUGAACGUACCGAACAAGAAAUCAAAGCUCGUCGUGAUGCUCAGGAAGCUUUGACAGAAGUCCAGAAGAUGCUCGGUCACGCCGAAGGUGAGGUUGCUCGCUACCGCCAAGCUGCUGAGCAAGCAGAAAAAGCUGUUCGUGAACUACAGGAAGAGAAGAUUCCUCAACUGGAAAAGGCCCAGACACGAUGCGAGACACUUGAGAAACAGCAAGAGUCAUGGGAAAUGACGUUCUCGGAGCUUUCCACCAAGAAUAUUGCGCUGGAGGGUACGCUUGACGAGUAUCGCGUUUCGCAUGAUUUCUGGAAGAAGAAAGUUGCGGCCAUUGAAGAUGAAAAUAAAGAUUUACAAUCCACCAUUUCACACCUCACUGCUCGCGUCGAAGACAGUAUGCGCGCUAGACAGAGUCUACGUGGCAAGUUUGACAAGCUGCAGGACGAUAUGGCAAACGUCACAAAGGAUGUUACUCGCGAUCAAGCCAAUGCGCGAAGAAAGGAAGAGGAACUCACAGCCAAAUAUGAAAGUCUUCGUGCUGCGUACGAUAGGGAAGUGAAGUUGCGCGAAAAGCUCGAGAUUGAUAUUAGCGAGCUAGAGAAGUCUGAGCGAGAAACUGCCAAAUUGAAGUUUAUUUUUGCUCAAUCUCAGCAAGAAAACCACAGGCUAGAAGAGCUCGUUGCCAGUCUGCGCCAGGAGAGUCAAGAACAUCAGAACACGGCCGCACGCUUUGAGCGGGAGUUUAAUGAAGCUCGUGAGAGCAGUCGUAUGGAGAUCCAGCGCACCAGAACUUCAAUGGAGGCCGACCUUGAAGCAGCGAACAAUCAAGUCAAUUAUAUUCGUGCAGGUCUCGAAGCUGAGAUCAACCGCUUGGAAGGCCAACUUGAAAAUGUCCGCAUGGAUGCUGAUACUAUGAAAGAGCGAUACGAGCUCCUCUUGGAAGAAGCUCGCGAGAACAAAGAUUCGGCUAUGACGGAAUUGGCUGCAGCCAAGGACAUGGCGAUGGAAGAACAACGCAAGACACAUGACCGUGUUCUGAACGAUCUCCGCGAACGCCACGCUCGUGCUCUACAUAAUGCUUCUGAGGAUCGACAGCGGAUUGAAUCGUAUAUGAAUGAGAAGCUAGGCCUCAGCAACGAGAAAGUGGCUCAUCUGCAAGACCGCGUCGCUCAUCUGGAAGAGAAGCUCGAAAUUGCCAAGUCUGCAGCUCGUGCAGCUGCUCAAGCGGCUCAAGCCAAGGGCGUUGUUGUGCCUCCUACCGCACAGCAUCACAGUUCACCAUCCUUGUCUUACAGCAGGGAUUCAUCAGUCCCUGAGAAGAUUUCUCCUCAAGCUCUUCGCGAAUCCAUUCUUGUGCUCCAAGAUCAAUUACAACAGCGGGAAAGCCGUAUCGAAGAGCUAGAACAGGAGCUCAGUGAAGUUGACAAGGAGGCACCCAACAAGAUCAAAGAAAGGGACACCGAAAUCAGCUGGCUUCGAGAGUUACUUGGGGUUCGUGUUGAUGAUCUCCAGGACAUCAUAGCCACCCUUUCACAGCCUUCUUUUGAUCAAAAUGCUGUCCGGGAUGCUGCGAUCCGACUUCGGGCAAACCUACAAAUGCAACAACAGGAGAAAGACAGGGCAAUGUCAGGCCAGGCGUUCCCUUCAUUGGCUGAUAUUGCUGCAUCACCACGUUCGCUCCCGCUUGCAGCAGCCGCAGCUUGGGGUAACUGGCGCAAGGGACGUGAGUCCUUCACAUCAGAAAGCGGGGCUUCUCAAACACCUUCCAAAUCAACAAACGGUGGUUUCCUCUCCGGGCUUCUUACACCGCCUAGCUCAAACGUGAGAUAUACUCCGAAAAAUUUGAGUGCUCCUCCAGGUCCAGCCCGUCUUGCAGGCCGUCGAACAGCAUCAGAGUCUCGUCCAUUGCGAGGAUAUAGUCAAUCAUCACGUUCUUUAUCCGCGCGACAAAUGGACAAGCUUCCUGUUGUCCAUCAGGAGCCGAUUGAACCACCGACAACACCACCACUUCUGCGAAGGUCCAGCUACGAUCAUGAUGCGGAGCAAAAUAGCUAUGACGGCAGUGCCUUGAUGGACGACGGUGAGAGCAUGAUAGCUGCGGACUCUCCUCAUGGAUCCCGAGAUGGCCUCUUUGCCCGUGACGAGUAAUCUGGUCUUGCCAAAUCUCUCUUCUCCUCUCCGUUCCAGAGUGUUCAUAUUUGAUAGUAUCUAUCUAAAUUCUUUUGAUCUGCAUAGCGUUAUAUUUUUUACGGCCCAUGUUUGUUUUUCCGCUUUCCCCUUCUCUAUUGUCAUUUUCUUCAUACCUUCUAUUCCUAUUAUCUAAUUUCCUGCCUUUUACCCUUUUCCAAAUCUUGAUACCACUGCUGCCUAUUCGUUACAGCUCUAUGCAUCACUUAUACAUUCACUGUUAAUACUUUUAUUCAGCACCUUCUUGUCGUGUGUUGCUGCCUUUGUGUACAAAAACGACAUGUCCAUUCGUUGGCAACCCCCCAAAAUUAUUUCCUUGUUUCCUUGAUUCUGUCUAUUUACUGGUUCUAUACAUUUUUUACCAUAUUGAAAUUGGAAUGUACCUAUUCGUUAUUCCCUGGAAGAUUGACGUCUUCAUUAUUAUUGUUGUGUAUGUAUUUCUAUGUGUACAACAGUUGUGCUUAGUUUAUGUGUAGAGAUAUCCUAGUUUUUGAUC